UUGUAGCAGACGCACAAAAUCCUUGAAACGUCAUAACAUUGUGAUUCGCUAAAUCCGUUUUCGCUUUUAUUUAUUUCGAAUUGACUCGAUAAUACUUUAAUUAAAAUUUUAUAUUCUUUCAAGGGGUGCGCUUACAUUUUAAAUAUUUUAAAACUAAUAACAAGUUAGGAAUCUCAUUAAUCGCCAGUCGGAACUAAUUUGUGAGUUGAGUGUUUUUUUUCCAAGGUUGAGUCAAUGUCAAAUAGGCUAGCCAUAGCUUUUGCCAUUAAAUUUGGAGUGCAAAAAUUUUGCAAAAUUCUUCUUUUUUAACAUUUAGAAAAAUAGAACAUUUUCUGCAUUUCUACUAUUUUAUUUAGUUUGGCUAAGCAGGCUUUAAUUCAAAGAAAACCUGUUUUGUUUUCAAUUUUCUAUUUGAUUUAAAAUGGGAGAUUGUGAUGAAGAAGUUGAUUUUGAUCUUCUAGAUCCAGCAAUCCAAAAAAUUAUCAACAAAGCCAAAGCAGUUAGAGAAAAGGCAUAUUGCCCUUACAGCAAAUUUGCAGUAGGUGCUGCCCUGUUGUGUGAUGAUGGAGCUAUAAUUGAUGGUUGCAACGUUGAAAAUGUUUCAUAUGGUCUAACAAUAUGUGCAGAAAGAUCUGCUAUUUGUAAAGCUAUGUCAGAAGGACAGAAAGUAUUUAAUAGCAUUGCAAUUUGUGCUGAAAUGAAAGACAAAUUUGUUGGCCCUUGUGGUGCUUGUAGGCAGGUACUGGCUGAAUUCAAUGUGAAUUUGGAUGUUUAUUUGUGCAAGCCAAAUAAUGAAAUCUUGAAGACCUCUAUGGCAAAAUUGCUACCACUUUCUUUUACCCCAAACUGGGUUUCAUUUUCCUCCUAAGAAAAAACACAGCAUAUCCCUGCCAAUAGGAUGUUCUAUAGUAAUUAAAGGUAUGAUUAUUCAAUGUGUGUGAAUAACGUCCGUCUUCAGAAUUAAAGCACUAAACCAAAA